AUGCCUGAUAUAUCGGUGAAAGUUAAGCUCACUAAAUUACUUGUUCAGCUUCAUUAUCAUAUUUUGAGGUUGGACCUUCGAAAUGUAAAACCAAAGGGGUAUUUGUCUACUUUGUUGCGACAUUGUUUGACGUUGGUUAGAAGUUCUUCGGAAAUAGGACAAGGAUUAGGGUCAAGAAAUGACAAAUUUAGGAGACAUGCAAAGUUAAUUCUUUGGGUAUUUGCUACUAUCGGUAUAAGUUCUUCAGUUGGUACAGUUUUCUGGGUCAAUAGGGUGAUAGCAUAUUGGAGGAACAAGAAGAAUGCCCGAGUUACAUCACAUUCUGUUGCCAAGAACCAAUUACUGCAAAAUGGCACUCGUGAGUUGUACAUUUCAGAUGGCAGCAAGGAUAAGAAAAUAGUGGUUACGCCGACUGAGAAGGAUCAAUAUGAACACGAUAAGUACCUUUUCAAGAAUUUGGAAAGGGAUGUUAAAUCGCAAUUGUUCAAUUCUAAAUUCCUUCAACAGUUGAAUGUGCUUUCCACGAUCUUGAUACCGAAAUUCUUGCAUAAGAAUAGUUUGAUGCUUUCAGCCCAGAUUUUCUUUCUAAUAUUGCGCACAUGGUUAUCGUUGAUGGUGGCUAGGUUGGAUGGUCAGAUUGUGAGGGAUAUCAUCUCUGGUCAGCCAAGAAAAUUUGUGAUUGAUAUGGCAUGUUGGUUCUUCAUAGCGUUCCCUGCUUCUUACACGAACAGUGCUAUCAAAUACAUACAAAGAAAAUUAAGCUUAAACUUUAGGUCUCGAUUGACCAGGUACAUCCAUGAUAUGUAUCUUGAUAAGAGGUUGGUAUUUUAUAAGACAGCGUUCGAUAACGAAGCUACCAGUUCAAUUAUUGCAAAUAUCGAUAAUUCUAUCACUAACGAUGUACAAAAAUUCUGUGACGCUAUCACGAAUGUAUUUGCUAACGUUGCAAAACCAGUUAUCGACCUUGUAUUCUUUUCCAUAUAUUUAAGGGAUUCGUUGGGGUCCUUUGGUGUCAUCGGAAUAUUCCUGAACUAUUUUUUGACAGGAUACGUUUUAAGGAAGUAUUCUCCACCUUUGGGUAAAUUGGUAAGUUUGAGAUCAAGUUCCGAAGGUGACUACUAUAACUACCAUUUGAAUAUGAUCAAUAACAGUGAGGAAAUUGCCUUUUAUCAGGGCACGAGUGUGGAAAGAAGUAAAGUCAAUACGCUAUAUGACAAAUUGAUGGAUCAAAUGCUACUUGUCGAUCGGUCAAAGGUUGAAUACAACAUCAUUGAAGAUUACAUUUUGAAAUAUACCUGGUCAGCAUGGGGUUAUGUUUUUGCUUCUAUCCCAAUUGUACUUCGUACAUGGGCUUCAGAGGAAACUAGUGAAUCUGCCAAUAUGAAAGAUUUUAUCAUGAACAAAAGAUUAAUGUUAUCGCUAGCAGAUGCAGGAACUAGGUUGAUGCAUUCUAUCAAGGAUAUCUCACAGUUAACAGGUUAUACCAAUAGAGUGUUUGUUUUGUUGAAAGUCUUACAUAGGGUCCAUGACUCCAACUUUGACUACGGGAUGGUCAGUAGCUUUGAUGAAGCAGAAUUGAAUGCAACUUCUACCACGGUGGUUUCGAACGGCAAAACUGCUAUUAGAGGAACUGUGCAGCAUGAUUUCAAUGGUAUCAGAUUCGAAAAUAUUGACGUGGUUAUUCCAUCUGCUAGAGGGAUUAACGGUACUACUUUGGUGAAGGGUCUUACCUUUCAAAUCCCAGCAGUUAUUAAUCCAGAGCCUUCGUCAUCAAAGCAAGUUUCAUUAGCUAAUGUUAGAGAUCCAUUGGAUCAAUCAAGGUUUAUGAUCAAUCAUGGCAUGGGUAGUAGUUUGUUGAUUCUCGGACCAAACAGUUGUGGUAAGAGCUCCAUUGAAAGGAUUUUGACUGAAAUUUGGCCAAUUUAUAACAAGAAUGGGUUACUUUCAACCCCACCAAGUCACGAUUUAUUCUGUGUACCUCAACGUCCAUAUUUCAUUCAGGGAGGUACCUUCAGAGACCAAAUAAUUUAUCCAAUGACUUAUGAACAAUUCCAUGAAAGGGGACAUAAAGACACAUAUUUGGUUCAGAUACUACGCGAAGUUAGAUUGGACUAUUUGUUGAAGAGAGAUCGGGGUCUAAAUUAUUUCGAUGCAAUUGCUGACUGGAAGGAUGUUUUAAGUGGGGGAGAGAAGCAAAGAAUGAACUUCACAAGAAUAAUGUUCCACAGACCAAGGUUCGUUGUUUUAGACGAAGCCACUAACGCUAUCAGUGUUGAUAUGGAAGAUCAUCUUUUUACCAUGUUGAAGAGAUACAGAUUCAACUUCAUAUCCAUCUCUCAACGCCCGUCUUUGAUAAAAUACCAUGACUACCUAUUGGAAUUGACUAACGGAACUGAUUGGAGCCUACAGGCAUUAGGGUCAGACGAAGCUAUUUUAUCAAUCGAAAAUGAGAUUGAAACCCUAAACCAAAAGCUAACAAAGGUAAAAGAAUGGGAAAGGCAGAGAGAUGAACUACAGGCAAAGUUGACAUUGGUGUGA